GAACCUUCUAGGAUUACAGUUGAAAGCAUCAGAUUUUAGGUUCUCCGGCAGUUGCAGGUAUGGCAACUACGGAGUCAGCUCCAACUUCAUCAGGGCCGCGCUACGCACCUGAGGAUCCCAGUCUUCCGAAACCUUGGAAGGGAUUAAUUGAUGGAAGCAGUGGCAAUUUAUAUUACUGGAAUCCUGAAACAAAUGUUACUCAAUAUGAGAAGCCAGCUGCCAUGACUCCUCCAUUGCCGGCUGGUCCUCCUCCCACGACUGCCACACCGAAGCUGGCACCAAUACCUGUGGCCCGCACACUGCAACCAAAUGGCAUGCUUUCUCACCCGGGGCAGCAAAUGCUUCAGCUGCCGGGGCAGCAGACACCACAACAGCUGGGACAGCAGACGCCACCCCUUCAGCUGGGGCAGCAGAUGCCGCAGCAACAAGGGCAACAAAUGCUGCAGCAACAAGGGCAGCAAAUGCCGCAUCAGCAAGGGCCACAAAUGGCACAGCAGCAAGGGCAGCAUUUUCCGCAUCAGCAGAUGCAUCAAAUGCCACAUCAGCAAAUCUCUUUUGCUCAGGGACAGCAAAUCACACAACAGCAGAUGCAGCAAACUGCGCAUCCACAGGGGCAGCAGUUCCCCCCUCAGCAAGGGCAGCAAUUCGGGUACAUGCAGAGAGAGGAAAUUGGAUUUCAACAAGGAAAGCCAGCUGGGUUUUCUUUAUCUCAUUCUUCUGUUCACAAUCUGCCACCUGGAUCCCAUCCAGUUCAGAUUCCGCAAAUGGGCGUUCACUCGGCCCACACAGAACAACCGGGCAGCUCUUCUAGUAACUUACAGCAACAGGGUGCUUCUUUGGUUCAGUUGCAGCAGUCAGGGAUGGAUUCUGUCCACCGUCAACCAAUGGGUGGGCCGAUGGUUCCAAAUCAGACAGGGCAAGUGAUGGCUCAUAAUCAGCAAGGUGGAGGGCCUCCUAUGGGAUUCAAGAUGGGGUAUGAAGAAGAUCCUCGUGGAAGAUCUAACAAUGAAUUUUAUUUCAAUAGUGGGAAGGGUGGGGCUGUAAUGAAUCCUCAGCAGCCAAAACUUGCACCUAUUCCGCCAGCACGCAAUCAGCAGGAAAUGAGGAUUGGUCCUGUUCCGCCUCAAAAUUUCACUCCUCAUGGCAGUGGCUUAAACAUUGGAGCUGGGCAUCCAAUGCCUAACACGUACAAUCAUGCUGCUGGCAGUCAAACAUUCUCCAGUAAUGUGCCUAUGAGGCCAUCACCAAGGAUUCUUGGUUCGCCAGAUCUGACAAAUCUCUCACCUGUUGAGGUCUACCGACAACAACAUGAAGUGAAUGCAACGGGAGACAAUGUACCGGCACCAUUUAUGACAUUUGAAGCCACUGGUUUCCCUCCAGAGAUACUUAGAGAGAUACAAUUUGCUGGUUUUUCUUCUCCAACACCAAUACAAGCGCAGACAUGGCCAAUUGCACUACAGAGUAGGGACAUAGUGGCCAUUGCAAAAACAGGUUCUGGGAAGACCUUGGGCUAUCUCUUACCUGCUUUUAUUCAUCUGAAGCGCUGCCGGAAUAAUUCUCAGACUGGCCCUACGGUGUUAGUUUUGGCUCCAACUCGGGAGCUUGCCACUCAAAUACAAGAUGAGGCAAUCAAGUUUGGUAGAACUUCAAGGAUAUCUUGCGCAUGCUUGUAUGGAGGGGCUCCAAAAGGCCCUCAACUGAAAGAUAUAGAGCGAGGAGCAGACAUUGUUGUAGCUACACCUGGUCGGCUUAAUGACAUCCUUGAGAUGAAGAAGAUCAACUUCCGCCAAGUUUCUUUUCUUGUGCUUGAUGAAGCAGACCGUAUGCUUGAUAUGGGUUUUGAACCUCAGAUCCGUAAAAUCGUAAAUGAGAUUCCUCCUCGCCGACAGACUCUCAUGUACACAGCAACCUGGCCUAAGGAGGUGAGGAAAAUAGCUGGAGAUUUAUUGGUGAAUCCUGUCCAGGUCAACAUUGGUAGUGUUGAUGAGCUUGAAGCAAAUAAGUCCAUCACACAGUAUGUUGAGGUGGUUCCACAAAUGGAGAAGCAAAGACGUUUAGAGCAGAUUCUUAGAGCUCAGGAGCGUGGAUCCAAGAUCAUCAUCUUCUGUUCAACAAAGAGGUUGUGUGAUCAGCUUGCCCGCAGUAUUGGGCGUACUUUUGGUGCUGCUGCAAUUCAUGGUGACAAGACACAGGGUGAGAGGGAUUGGGUUUUGAACCAGUUCCGCAGUGGCAAAUCCCCAAUUUUAGUUGCGACUGACGUUGCUGCUCGAGGACUUGACAUCAAAGACAUCAGGGUGGUGAUCAACUAUGACUUCCCAACGGGGAUUGAGGAUUACGUCCAUCGAAUUGGAAGGACUGGGAGAGCCGGUGCUACUGGGGUAUCAUACACAUUCUUCUCUGACCAGGACUGGAAGUAUGCUGCAGAUCUGGUGAAAGUCCUGGAGGGAGCGAACCAGAGAGUCCCACCUGAAGUGCGGGACUUGGCUACACGGGGCGGUGGUGGAGGUUUCAAUAGGGGCCAUGGCGGAGGCGGCAGAUGGGAUUCUGGAGGCCGAGGUGCGAGAGAUGACUUUGGUGGGCGUGGUGGCCGAAAUGACUUUGGUGGGCGCGGUGGUAGAAAUGACUUUGGUGGGCGCGGCGGCAGAAAUGAUUUCGGUGGGCGCGGAAACCGGGGAAGAGGGUUUGGUGGUCCAGGUGGUCGGGGUGGAGGUGGUCGGGGUGGAGGUGGAGGUGGUCGGGGUCGGCAUGACCGGGGCAUGCAUGACCGGUAUGACAAUAUGGAUGGACGUGGCCGGUAUGACAAUCGGAGAGGUGGUGGAGACAGGAAUAGAGGCCGUAGUUACAGUCCAAGUCCAGAUAGAGUGCGGACAUGGGAUUAUGACAGAAGCCGGAGCAGGAGCCGCAGCCGCAGCCAAAGCUGGAGUCGCAGUCCAAGCCGCAGCCGCAGCCGCAGCCGAAGCUACGAGAGACCUGAGAGAACAUCUGAGAGAACAUCCGGUUGGGAUGUUGUCCAGAAUCCUCCUACUGCAGUGAUUGGAGCUGGAGUCCAGAAUCCUCCACCAGUUGCUGCAUUUGGAGCUGGAGUCCAGAAUCCUCCUCCGGCUGCUGCAUUUGGAGGUGGAGUCCAGAACCCUCUGCCAGCUGCUGCGUAUGAAGCUCCUCCACCAUCGCAGAUGUCACCCAUGUCUCCUGGCCCGAAUGGGGCCCCAUUUCCGAUUGACGAGCCUGCAAGGAAACCGCUGGUGCCUGAAAAUCCAAUCCUCGGCGGCAGUGAGCCUGUAGCCGACUCGAGCCAAUUCCCAGUGGCUGGUCAGUGAGGUGCACUACAGCACUAAUCUCCUGGACAUGUUGAUUUAUUAUUUUCUUUUUCUUUUUCUUUUUUUGGCCCUUCACAUUGUUCUUUGUUGAGAAUUUUUAACUAAUGAUAUAUAGGGAAGAGGCCCCAAGAGGGAGACAAUGGACAAAAUUGCCCAAUGUAAUAGGGGGAUCAAAGACCUGAUAUUGCCAGGCGUUGGUGGGGGCACUAGUGUUAUUUUUUUGGAGAAUCAAGGUGGAGAUUUUGUGAGUG